UGCACAUGUGCACACGCAUUCGCACUCACACUCACAUACCCCUGGCCGCACUUAUGGAGUAUUAUCCCAUCAUACUACUUUCCAUCUGCUUCCUGCUCCCAGGGAGCAAAAACUGCUUCAGUAUUGACACGAAGAAUGCCCAGAUCAUUCAAGGACCAAAAGAAACACAGUUUGGCUACACUGUGCAGCAACACGAGGCGCUUGGUCAGAAAUGGCUGCUUGUGGGAGCUCCGUUUGAGAAGAAUGGUGAAAAUGAAACCGGUGAUGUGUACAAGUGCCCACUGGGUAGCUCGACUAAGACAAGCUGUUCACGCCUCAACUUAGGAGAGACAACCCUAAAAAAUGUCUUUGAACACAAGGACAAAAUGAGACUGGGAAUGUCCCUGACCUCCAACCCAAAGGAUAACAGUUUUGUGGCUUGUGGUCCCUUAUGGUCAUACGAAUGUGGUUCAUCCCUAUACAGUACAGGAAUCUGCUCCAGCAUUGACAAGACUUUUAACUUCUCUCACAGCAUUGCACCUGCCUUCCAGAGAUGUGAAACAUAUUUGGAUAUUGUAAUAGUGCUGGAUGGAUCAAACUCUAUAUACCCCUGGUUUGAGGUGCGGUACUUCCUAAUCAAUGUCCUACAGAAGUUUGCUAUUGGUCCAGGACAGAUACAGGUUGGAGUGGUGCAGUACGGAGAGCGAGUGGUUCAUGAGUUCCACCUAAAUGACUAUCAAACAGUUGAUGAAGUGGUGAGUGCAGCAUACAGUAUUAUCCAGCGUGGAGGAGAGGAGACUCGCACAGCUCUUGGGAUCAAUGUUGCACGUUCCCAGGCAUUUAAACGUGGAGGGCGUCCAGAUGCCAGAAAAGUGAUGAUUGUGAUAACUGAUGGAGAAUCACAUGAUAGCCCAGACCUAAAAAAAGCUGUUGAAGACAGCGAGAAAGACAACAUUACACUGUAUGGAAUCGCUGUGCUUGGCUACUACAAUCGACGUGGGAUCAACCCUGAAGCGUUCUUGAGAGAGAUUAAAUUCAUUGCCACUGACCCCGAGGAGCAUUUCUUUAGUGUGACAGAUGAAUCUGCUCUGAAGGACAUCGUGGAUGCCUUGGGAGAGAAGAUCUUCAGCUUGGAGGGUACAAGUCAGAAUGGAACUGCGUUUGGACUACAGAUGUCACAGGCAGGUUUUUCUUCACAUAUUGUUGAGGAUGGUGUUCUGGUAGGUGCUGUAGGGGCUUAUGAGUGGAAUGGUGCUGUCCUUAAACAGACACAGAACGGCAAUGUGAUUCCUCCCAAGGCUUCCUACCUCAAAGAGUUUCCUGAGGAGCUAAAGAACCAUGGAGCUUACCUGGGUUAUGUGGUGUCCUCGAUCGUAUCAGCUCAUUAUGGCCAGCUGUAUGUAGCUGGAGCUCCUCGGUAUAACCACACAGGCAAAGUGAUUAUCUUCACGCUUACCAACGUGGGCAACCUGACCAUAUUACACUCUCUAACCGGACAACAGAUCGGCUCAUAUUAUGGCAGUGAGUUAACUCCCCUAGAUCAGGAUGAAGAUGGUUUGACUGAUCUGCUGCUGGUGGCUGCUCCUAUGUUCUUCAGCAAAGGAUGGGAAACAGGCAGAGUUUACAUCUACAGGUUGAACCAUCAGGGACAUGUUCACCUGGAGGGUUUUCUUGAGCCAGCAGAUUGGGCUCACAACUCUCGCUUUGGCUCCGCCAUGUCCUCUAUGCCUGAUCUAAAUGGUGAUGGUUACGGUGAGCUGGUGGUAGGUGCCCCUCUAGAGGAUGAUCACAGUGGUGCAAUCUACCUCUUCUAUAGCCGGCACAAUGGUGUUCAGCCAAAGUAUAAGCAGAGAAUAGCAGCUGCAGACAUAUCCUCAGGCUUGCAGUAUUUUGGUCGGAGUGUCCAUGGUGCGUUGGACAUAAAUGGAGAUGGACUGGCUGAUUUGUCUGUAGGUGCUCUUGGUGCUGCUGUCAUACUAUGGUCUCGCUGCGUGGUCCGUGUGCACCUUGAUGUUCAUUUUGAGCCAUCAAAGAUAAAUGUGUUCAACAAAGACUGUGUGCGAGGAGGCAAAGAGGUGACCUGCAUGGCAGCCAAAGUCUGUGUCACCGUCAAGGCACGGACCCUGAUGCAAGGAACACAAAGUGUGGCCCUCAAACAGAGCUGGGCAUUUGAUGAGAGGCGCUACAGUCCCAGAGCAGUGCUAGAUAACACCGAUGCACAGUCUUCUGCAAAUAUCUCUGUCCUGCCAGACACAACGCACUGUGAGCACAUUCACUUCCAUGUCCAUGAAACGACUGAUUACACUCGGCCAGUGGUGUUCAAUGUGGACGUGGAACUGCAGAACCCAGAUGAAGGCCCUGUAUUAGAUGAUGGCUGGUCCACCUCACUACGUUUAGAGCUGCCCUUUUGGAAUGGGUGUGAGGAAGAAGACCAAUGUGUACCUAACUUGAUGCUACAGAGUAGCAAUGACCUUCUUGACCAUAGGCAAUUCUGUGCUUGGAGAGAGUGUGCUACAUGCCCAUUGUGUGUCCAGACGGAGACGAGGGAUAACACUGAACGUGUGAUAGAAACCAGCAGGAGAAGAGUAUUGGUGGAGGUUCGACUGGAGAAUAGAGGAGAAAAUGCCUACAACACACAGCUUCACAUUUCUCACUCAGCAAACCUGCAAUUCUCCGGGUUGAUGGUGAAGUCUCCUCCCGAUGUAGAAAUCAAGUGUGAGACAACUGAAAGUCUACAGAGGAACUGCAGUGUUAGUGGUCCACUGUUAAGAUCUCUUGCUCAGGUGUCCUUCCGGUUGGAAUUGGAAAUUAGCAGAUCUGUUUUUCUGGAUUACAUGCAAGUUUUGCUUAAGGCAUCCAGUGAUGGUGAGGAGAUAAAUCCAGAAGACAACAUUAAUAAUAUAUAUCAUCCUUUAAUACAUGAAGCUGAUAUUCUCUUUACAAGGGAUUCCAGCCCUGUUCGCUUUCAAAUUAAGUCUGUGCCUAAUCUAGGCUAUGCAGGAGCAACUGGACCUACCUUCAAUCUGUCUUAUCAGCUCCAGAACCUCGGUCUGUUCCCUGUUUCUCACCUGCUUCUGACAGUAGAUGUUUUUUCUGUGACUAAAAAUGGCAAUCAUCUUCUCUAUAUCUCAGAUAUAAAUGUCAAUCAGAAUUCUGGCUCUCAGUGCACAGUUCCACGUGUCACUGGAACAGAUGUGCCCUCAGAUGAAGACCUUUCACUCACCCCACAGCUGAAUUUGUCGACUGCUGGAGCUAUCUCUGCACAGUGCAGGCUCAUGCUUCAACCCCAACAAGAUAUGAGUGUGACUGUUGCAGGACGGCUAAACCUUCACACGCUACAGCAAGUCAACUUCAAGGCUUUGGAGCUGGUGAUAAUGGCAGCCAUUGAGUUGAGACCAAACAGCCCUGUGUUCCUGCAUGAGGAAAGACCUACAAGACAUAUAAUUCUGGAGAUUAGGAAGGAUGAAGAUUACAAAAUUCCCAUUUGGAUUAUAAUCGGAAGCACUUUGGGAGGCCUACAGCUUUUGGCUCUGCUGGUGCUAGCUCUCUGGAAGCUGGGAUUCUUUCACAGGGAGAGACAACGUGAAGAAGACGAGAAAACCACAGAGCAGCGGUAAAGCCAUGGUGUGCGCUUUCCCUCCCAAGGCUAUAACUCAGGGAUGCUCCAGGAGCAUGGGUCCGUCUUCGAAGCACUCUGGCUAUUUCUUACAUUUGUCAUGCACUGCUGAGCCCUCCCACUUUCUCACAGGACCCAAGUGAUCUAAUGCAGUAAAGAUGCAGAUCUCUGAUGAGUCAUAUAAAUUAUGACAGAAGCCUUGAAUGUGGCAAGGCCUGAUUUGUUAACAUUAUAGAGCUAAAAAGAAAUGUGCGAGUUGUAAAUUGAAUAAAUGUACAGUACUAGAUGAAAGUACAGAGAAAUGCUUAAAAGGAUUAAAUAGAACGCAUUGCAUUUUGUAUUAUAAUGGUCGCAAGUAAUCAUUUAAUUGUUGCACAGGUCAUGUGAAUGCACUUGUCCAUAUAGACUUGAACUAGUAACUAACCAGUGACAAAAACAGCUCCUUUUGAAACGGAGUAUGGCAAUGUAAUAUAAAAUAUACACAUUAGACAUCGGCUUCAAUAGAGAUGUUUCAUCGCACCUUAAAUGAACCAUGGAUGCAUCUUCUAUACUUUAGGCUGACAUUUAUUGUUUAACCACUGUAACAGAAGCAGAUAUUAUACUUCCAAGUUCAGCUUUUUUUUUUUACAUUUUGCAGAACAAGAACAUAAGGCAAUGUUUAAUACGAAAGAGCUACUGCAGGGUAUAAUAAAGGUCACUCAUGGGAAUAAGUGUGUUUUGGCUUUUUAUUGUUUGUUUUUUAUUGUAAAAUGGCUUCUUUUUAAAUGUACCUGCCACUUUUAAAUUGAAUUAAAAUGAUAUAUUUAAUAUGAUUGAGUGAGAAGAAUGUUAUAUAUAUAUGUAUAUACAUUAUAUGUAUAUGUUCAUGGUGUUGGGACUACGAUUUAUUGGUUGAUAUGUUGAACUUGGAUAGUUGUUUGGUGAAUAAUUUGACCCUAAAAUCAACUAUUUUGCCUUAGUUUACAUCAUUAUAGUUAAUAAGCGUUUAGAUCAACCAUUAAUCACUUGCAAGUAACGUUUAUUAUUCUAUUAUUCUGAUCUAUUUAAAAAUACAAUCAAAGUAAUGUGGAAAUUAAAAACUCUCAUCUCUUUCUUUAAAAGAGAUAGCACCCAGCUCAUAUCUACUAUCUGGAUAUUGCAAGAUCAAUACAAUAAAUUUAAUUCUGGAAAAAAGGUUUGGCAAAGUGUGGAAACAUGUGUGGAAACAUCAGACUAUAGCAGGAGAAGAAAAACAGCAAACUGCAGUAUGUGACUGGUGUCUAAAAAAAGAAAAAGCAGCAUAUUGUGCCAUCUCCACUUUUAGCAGGCAAUUGAUUGUAAGCCACUUGACUCAGUGGAUGUACAAACAUUUCCAUAUAAAGCAUGGAGCAUACAAAAACACACGUUAUUGCAAUAUACAAUACAGUUAAAACUGUCCCUGACAGUGUGGCAACUGAACGUGAAUAAAUAACCUAUGAAUAAAAUCUUGAAUUAGACUGUAUGAAGCAGAGAUUACAGUAUUUAAUGUUGACUUAAUAUUGGUUAAUUCGAUUAAAAAUAAAAGUACAACGUCAGUACAAUCACCAGUUCUUAAAAACAUAAUUCAAAGACUCUCAACAUUUAAAGUCAAGUUUACAGACUUUGCAUCUUCCUGGCACAAGGAGCCACACGCAACAUGUUGCUUUCUCAGCUUUUAAUAAAAAGAUCCAAGCACCAUCCAGAAUAAGGCCACACAAGACAUGGCAGCACACAGUCAUGUAGAUAUCAAAUGACUUUACAACGGCAUGAUGUUUUUGGAAAAAACAACAAACAAACAAAAAUGUAAAAAAAAAAAAAAGAA